AUGGCUGCUGAGCGGAACCAUCGCUCCAGGAGGCCCUCCAAAAUGCCUGAGGGGCUCCAGGGCACAGUGGCAGCACCUGGGCACCUGAAGCCAGCCAGGGAGGCAAAGCAGCCUGCAACUGAGAUGCCUGAGGUCAUGGAGAGCCUGGGUGGCACUCAGGAGGGGAGCCUGCCCCGGAUCAUCCAGAGGGGAGGCAAGGCUGAGGAGAGGAGGCUGCCCCAGCUCAAGCACAGGCUGGGCAACAUUCAGAAGAUGUGGCUGCCCCCAGUCUCCACCCAGAGGGGCAGCAGCCAGGAGGGGAAGCUGCCCCCAAUCUCCAUCCAGAGGGGCAGCAGCCAGGAGGGGAAGCUGCCCCCAGUCUCCACCCAGAGGGGCAGCAGCCAAGAGGGGAAGCUGCCCCCUGUUGCCAGGAGGGGCAAGCCUGAGGCCAGGACCCUGCCCCUGAUUCCCCAGCCUGCAGACUCCAGUGAGGCCUCCUGUCCAGAGCAGAGCUGCUUUGAGCCUCUCCCAUCAGAGGUGGUCUUUCAGAACUGCCUCCCCCACCAGGCCUACGAAGAGACGCUGGUUCUGCGCAACAAGGGCAGGGUUCCUCAGUGGGUGAAGGUCACCAUGGAGCCCUCUCCUUACUUCAAGUUGCUUGGCCCCAAGGGUGUGAGCCAGAAGGUAGCACCUGGCAUGGCCUCUACCUACCGCAUCCUUUUCACCCCCGAGGAGCACAAGGACUACUGCCACCAGCUGCUGUGUGUCACCCAGAGGGAGCAGUUCCCUGUGCCCAUCCGGGCUGUGGGUGCCCAGGCCCUGCUGGACUUCCCCCAGCAGCUGAGCUUCUCCCUCUGCCCGGUCAGGCACAGCACCCAGAGGACUCUGCUGCUGCGCAACCUGGGCCAGCGGGAGGCUCGCUACAGCCUCAGCACUCAGAGCCCAUUCUCUGCUGAGCCCUGCCUGGGAGCUCUGGGGGCCGGGGACGCCGUGCAGGUGACUGUGGAGUUCCUGCCGCUGCGGACCGGGGAGCACCGCGGGGUCCUGACCCUGCACUGUGACUCAGGAGAAGACAUUCACAGCAGCCUCAGUGGCACAGCUGUGGAUGUGAACAUCAGGCUGGACAGGAGCUCCUUGACCAUGGAGAAGACCUACCUGUCGCUGAGCACCCGCAGCACCCUGCUCAUCCACAACGGCAGCGAUGUCAGCGCUCGCUUCCAGUGGAAGGCUGCUGCUAGUCAGGAGGAGGAGGAGCAGCAGCAGAGGCUGCAGGGGCACUUCAAGCCACAUCCCCCCGAGGAGCCCAGGAAGCAGCCUGCUCUCCAAGGACGCCGUUCCCGGCUCUCCCACCUCUUCCAGCAGCAGAGGGCGAAGGCGCAAGGAGAGGCCCCGCUGCGCUCCCAGAUCUUCACCAUCGAGCCGCUGGAGGGAGAGGUGUGGCCACACUGCUCAGCUGAGAUCCAGGUGACCUUUAGGCCCCAGGCAGCCAGAGUCUAUGAAGCAAGGCUCUACUGUGACAUCUCAGGCUGUGAGGCCAGGCUGCCUCUGCACAUCCAAGGGGAAGGCCGAGGGCCCUGGCUCUGCUUCAGCAUUGACCAGCUGGACCUUGGGCAGCUGUUGGUUGGCUCCACCAACAGCUGUAAGGUGACUCUGCACAACAAAGGAGCCAUCGAUGCCUCCUUCAGCCUGGUCCCUCCAGCUACAGCUCUGGGCUCCUGCUUCAGCUUCUCCCCCUGUCAGGGCCUGGUUUUGCCAGGUGGGUUCCAGGUUGUCCAGGUCUGCUGCUGUCCCACUGUCCUGGGGCACUUCAGAGAAGAGUUCAGCUUCCGUGUGGAAGGAUGCCCUGAGCCUCUGACCCUGACUGUCAGGGGCUGUGUCUCUGCACCUUCUCUGCACUUCGAUGUCCCUUGCCUGCGCUUCGGGGACGUCUCCUAUGGCUUCCCUCACAGCCUGUUCUGUCGCCUCACCAACGCCUCCCCGCUGCCCCUGGCCUUCGCCCUCCGCCUGCCCGGGGACGGCACAGCAGAGCCCAGCGUGCCCAGCGCUGCCCAGGUGCUGGACAACUCUCUGCCCUCCUGGAGGAGGGCAGCCAGCGGGCUCCUCAGGCCCUGUGAGUUCACCAUCAGCCCUUGCAGAGGCACCCUCUGUGCCAGGAGCUUCGUGGACAUCCAGGUCACCCUGUGCUCCAACACCCUGGGCACCUACAGUCUGGCACUGGUGGUAGAUGUGGAUGGUGUGGGCCAGGAGCUGCUGUCACUGCCCCUCACAGCCAGGUGUGUGGCUCCCGCUCUGCGAGUGCCCAACCCCGUGGUGAGCUUCGGCCGCUGCUCCCUGCAGCUCCCUGCCCAGCAGCUGCUGACCCUGCUGAACGACAGCGACCUGCCAGGCUGCUAUGCACUGCUGCCUCAGGAGCAGCAGGAGGAUGCUGCUGUGCUGUACUCCAGCCCUGUGCCCUGUGGCAUCAUUCAGCCUCACAGCGCCGUGGAGGUGCCCCUGACCCUGGUGGCCCAGGCGCUGGGGAGCCAGGACACUCCUGCCUCUGUGGCUGUCUUUGGGCGUGCAGGACACCCCCUGGAAAUCCACUUGGUGAGCACUGGAGAGGGCCCAGUUGUCUCCGUGCAGCCCAAAGAGAUCAACUUUGGCAGCAUCCAGGUGCUGCAGGAUGUCUCCCGGAGCCUGCAGCUCUGCAAUCAGAGCCCCAUCCCUGCAGCCUUCCAGGCAGAGGUGUCUGGCAGAGGCCGGUGCUGGAGGGUCGAGCCCAGCCGAGGAGUGAUCCCCGCCGAGGGCCAGGUGUCCGUGUCCGUCAUAGCCAACCUGGCCGACACGGAGCAGCUGCAGGCCGAGGUGCGGCUGCUGGUGGAGCACAGCCGUGGCUACAGCGUCCCCGUGCGGGCCCUGGGCGUCGGCAGCACCAUCGUCCUCGACAGGCCCUUGGCUCCGCGGCUCAGCCUGGGCGCUCGCUUCAGCCUGGCUCCCUGCUGCUACAGCUUCCAUGUCACCAACCGAGGCCGCCGCUCCCAGCGCCUCUACUGGAGCAUAGGAGGCUGCUCCCUGCCUGCCCUCAGCAGCACCGAGGCCAGAGCUCCCCCCCAGAGCCUCGCAGUUGCCUGCCCUGUGUUUCAGCUUCGGCCCAAGUUUAUGGAGCUGAGGCCAGGCCAGACGAUGGAGGUGAUGCUGGAAGGCUUCUCCAGCACUCCCCAGGCCGUGAGGGAGCAGCUGCUGUGCCAGGCCGCGGUGGGCAGCCAGGCCAGGAGCCAGAUCCUGCAGGUGGAGCUCAGCUGCCAGUUCGUUGCUCCUGCCCUGCAGAUGUCCUCCCCAGCAAUCUCCUUCCACGUGGAGAAGCAAGCAGGGGAUGUCCUCACUCCCCUGGCCCAGCCUCUUUCCUUGAAGAACAUCUGCCCCCUGCCACUCAGCAUGGUCCUGGCCUUAGGGCAGCCCUUCUCCAUCUGUGACAAGGAGCAGCAGCCCCUGCCUGCAGAUGCUCAGCCCUUGAAGCUGGAGGCAGGGCAGGAGCUUGCCCUCUGCAUCAGCUUUAACCCUGCUCAUGAGGAGGGUCUGCAUUCCUGGCACGUGGAGCAGGCUCUGAGGAUCCAGUUCCUGGAGCACCCUCACCAGGAGCAGGUCCUGCUGCGGGGAGAAGUCUGCUUCCCCAACCUGCGCUUCCAGACCACGGCUGUGGACUUUGGCUGCAUCCUCAGCGGCACUGGAGCUGUGCAGAGCCUGGAGAUGACCAACUGCAGCCAGCUGCCUGUCCACUACUGCUGGCAGCUGCUGCCAGACAGCCAGGGCAGCCAGCUGGAGGAUGCCCUGGAAGGUGCUGUGCCGCAGGAGGGUGCCCUGGAAGGUGCUGUGCAGCAGGAGGGUGCCCUGGCAGGCGCUGUGGAAGCUCCCAGCCCAGGUGGGAUGAGGCAGCUGAUGAAGCUGCAGGAGACAGAGCCCCACAGGCUGGGAUUGGAGGAGGUGUUCGAUGUGCUGCCUCUGUAUGGGCUGCUGCAGCCAGGCCAGAGCCAGCAGGUCACCUUCAGCCUCUUUGGCCACCCCAACGUUGUGGCCAGUGCCAGGGCCCUCUGCAGGGUGCAGGGAGGCCCCAGCUACGAGCUCAGGCUGCGUGGGGAGGCCUCAUCCAUCAGCUACCUGCUGGAGCCCACGGAGCUGGACUUUGGGCUGCAGCUGUGGGACUCGGUGAUGGAGGCAGAGCUGACCCUGCAGAACAGUGGGAAGCUGCCCUUCACCUUUGUGGUGCUGAGCCCUGGCACGGCCACUGCCCGCAGCCCCCUGCCCGGCGUGCCCCUGGUGGUGCCCAGCACGGGCUGCCUUGGAGCCGGCCAGCAGCAGGUGCUGCAAGUCUCUUACCUGCCAGAAGUGCCUGGGCCCUUCUGCAAGGCUUUCCAGCUCCAAGUGGGUCACCUGCAGCCACAGGAGAUCUGCCUGAAAGGAGAGGGAAGCUUUCCCAGGAUCUGCCUGGACCUGCCCAGGAACAUCCAAGGAAACAAGAAAUGUGAGAAGAUUCUCAGGGAGCUGAGAGGGGAGAUGGCUCAGGACAAGGAGAGAGCCAGAGCAGAUGGCCUGGGGGAGGCUGCAGCCGCAGAACCACCCCCAGACGACUUGGAGGCCACGCUGGACCCUGGGCUGCAGGUGCAGCUGGAGGACAUCCUGCUCAAGGAGCACAUCCUGGAGCAGCAGGCAGCUGUGGCCUGCAGCGCCCCAAAGGAAGCUGCCCUCGGGCUGCGUGCUGGCCGCAGGCUUCUCAAAGCUGAGCUGCCUGAGUACGUUCUGGACUUCGGCUGCGUGGCUCUGGGUGGCAUCCACAGGCGCAGCGUGAAGGUCACCAGCCUGGGGCACUUCCCUGCGUCCUUCCAAGUCCGUGGGCAGCUCCUGUGUGGCACAGGCUUCAGCGUGGACCUGGAGCGCGUGGAGCAGCUGCCCUGCUGCCAGAGCAGGAGCUUCACCGUGUGCCUGGAGCCCCAGAGUGCCACCCAGCCGCUGGGCGAGGCGGCCCUGCUGCUGCCCAUCCAGGUGACAGGAGGCCCCACGCUUCGUCUCCUCCUGCGUGCCAGGGGGGUUGUGCCCUCCCUCUGCCUCUCCAGGGCCAGGCUGGAGUUCUCCUCUGUCCAGUGUGGGCAGUGCCAGGAGGAGACCACUCGGCUCUACAAUCAGCUCCCAGUGCCCUGUCGGUGGUUCCUCAGCAGGGAGGAGCCUGCUGAGAAGGUGGAGAAGCCUUCGGCAGCCAGCAGGCGUGGGAAGCUGCCGCGGGAGCCGAAGGCCAAGGCCGGCAUCUUUGGGGUGCUUCCCUCGGCUGGAGUCCUGGCCCCUGGGCAGUGGUGCAACCUGCGAGUCCGGUUUUGCCCCGGGGAAGAGAAGCUCUACAGCAGCCAAAUGAAGAUCAACAUUUGCCACAGCAGCCAGCACCUCCAGCUGCUGGUCUCAGGCAGGGGGCUGGAGCCACGGCUGGAGUUCCAGCCUGAAGUGCUGGAGCUGGGGCCAGUGCUGCCAUCCAGCCCUGGGGCACAGGGCACAGUGGUGGUGAGGAACCCUUGCAGCUUCCCCAUCGAGUUUUACUCCUUGGAGUACGACCAGCAGUACCUUGCUGAGGAGCAGCUCCUGAGGGCGCUGGAAGGCUUCGACUGCCGCAGCACCUUGCUGCUGCCUCCUCGUGUCCCGGGGCAGCAGCUGCCUCCAGAGCUGCUGCAGCUGUCUUGGGCCCAGCAAAGGCUGCAGGAUGAGCAGGCCAAGGCCAAGCCUGAGGAGCCCACGGCCCAGGAGCAGGGAGCCGAGGGGCUGGUGGGGAUGAUGAGGACGACAGGAGGGCAGGAGGCUGACUCUGGUACCUGUGUGUGCACAGCAGAGCAGCAGCAAAGCACCACUGGCACCAGGGAGGCCUCAGAAGAGCUGGAGGCCAGCCCAGUCCGUCGGGGCCCGGCCCGGCCCCUGGGCACCGCUGCGUCUGCCGAAGGAGCUGCAGCCCCACAGGGCAGGGGCAUCGUGGUCAUCGUCCACGGGGCACCCCUGGCAGGCAAGACGUCGGCAGCGGCCGCCCUGGCCAAGCACUACGGCGCCGCCUGCCUGGCCCUGGACGCUGUGGUGAGCGAGGCCGUGGCGGCCGGGAGCAGCGCGGCAGGGCGGCGAGCCCGGGAGCUGUGCAGCGCCGGCAGCCGGCAGAGCCCGCAGCAGCCGCGGGAUGGCCGCUCCCCGGGCUGGCGACGCUACUCCAAGGCCAGGCUCGGCCGCAGCCUGAGCCAGCCCAUCUCUGGGGACAGAGGCCAGGCCAGAGCUGGGGCAGACACGAGGAAGAUGUCUGUUGAGAGACAGCUUGCAGCAGAGUCCUCAGGCUCCCAGGGCUCCUCCGGCUCUCCUCUGGUCUCGGCGCCUCCGGCACAGCUCCGGCUCAGCCCCAGGGGCAGCGGCGUGGCAGAGCUGGGCCUGGUGAGCUGUGUGCUGCCCCAGGAGCUGCUGGUGGCCAUCCUCUCCGAGAGGCUGCAGCUGAGGGACUGCUGCCAGGGAGUGGUGUUUGAUGGCCUGCAGAGCCUCUUUGCAGGCAGCACGCUGUCUGCUCUCCUCUGCCUGCUCAAAGCUGUGGGAAACCGACCCCACAUCUACUUUGUCAACCUGCUCCAGGACUAUGGCUCUUGGCAAGCCAGGCAGGCAGCUGCAGAGGAGCGGGCAGGCCGGGAGCAGGAGGCUGCAGCCCGGAGGGAGGAAGCCCUGCUCUGGGAGCUGGGGGAGGAGGAGUUUGAUGCCCUCCCGGAGCAGCAGAAAGCUCAGCUGGAGAGCAGGGUCCGGCAGCUCCAGCGGGAGAGGAAGCAGAGGUCUGUAAGCCUUCUGGUGCAGCUGGCUAGAGAGCAGCAGGAGCAGCAGCAGCGCCGCAAGGAGGCGGAGGAGCUGAAGCAGCAGGGCCAAGGCAAAGGGAAGAGAAGCCUGCUCAGGCAGAGCACAACCGCAUCGAGCAGCAGCACCAAGGAGGCCCCCGGCAGGCAGCAGAGCAUCACUGAAGGGAGGAACAAGAAGGGCUCUGCCAAGGAGUGCUCAGCCUCUGCUGCAUCUGCCAGGGCAGAAGAGCAGCAGAGCAAGCUGGGCCUGGCAGCCAGCUGCUCAGGGGAGGAGCGUGAGCAGACCUUGGCCCUGCGGUUCCAGAGCUACGAGGCGUCCCGGGAGCGCGUGGCUCAUCUCUUGUCCUGCUGGGACAGGGUGCAGGCUGUCGCUGCAGAGCCAGGGCCGCUGCAGCAAGCAGCCCAGCAGCAGCCUUCCCCCUGCCUCAGGAGGCAGAAGUCGAGGAAGGAGCUCCAGAAGAGGCUGGGGGACCGCAAGCUGUCCCAGCGGGAAGGGGAAGGUGCGGCAGGGGCAGGCGGUGGCCAGGAAGUCGGGGUGCCCUGCCUAGACAUCGAGGUGCUGAGCUGUGCAGAUGUGCUGAGCGCCAUCCUGGAGAGCAGGAGGCUGCCAAGGCCGGAGCAGGUCCUGGAUGAGCUGGGCCUGGGUCCCUCAGGGCCCCCCCUGCCCCCCACUGCUUUCUACUCUGUGGCUCACUACCCAGCCAAGAGAGAGCUGCCUGUGGCAGAAGCCGACCGGCGCUUUGUCCUCAUGCCACAAGCUGCCCCAGGCAAGGGCCCAGCUGCUGCUGCUCCCCUUUGCUCCUCAGCAGUGCCUGAAGGUUCCUCUUUCCCUGCCAGGAGCAGCAGCUACCGCUGGGUGGUGCCUGCCCGGGGCCAGGUGGUGCUGCAGGUCCACUUCAGCUCCGUGCUGCUGGGCAGCUUUGAGCAGAGGCUGCGCUUUGAGCUGCUGGGCACCAAGCGAGCCUACCAGCUGCUCUGCAGGGGCACCUGCCUGUACCCCUCCAUCAGCCAGGACCCACGGGAGGUGUUUCCUCGCUGCAGGCAGACGGAGGCAGCCGAUGCCAUCCUCUUGAAGGAGUAUGUGCUGGGCACCAGGGUGUUCCACUUCGGGCCGCUGCUGUGCGGCAAGGCCAGGGAGCGGUCCAAGGCUGUGCUGCAGGCUGGCAACUGCGAGCAGCUCUCCAUCCGCAACGUCAGCCCCUGGGAGGCAGAGGUGCACUUCUCCUGGCAGCGGGGUGGCAGCAGGGGCACCUUCCUCUUGGAGCCUGCCAGCAUGAAGCUGCAGCCUUAUGAGAAGCAGGAGCUGAGCAUCUGGGCCUACCCCACUGCAGUUGGGCUGGUGGAGGACAGCCUCAUCUGCCGCAUCAAGGACAACCCAGAGCCAGUGGUCUUCCACCUGUGCUGCCAGGGGGUGCAGGUGAAGCUGGAGGUCAGCCCCAGGCAGCUGCAUUUCGCCAGGGUGCUUCUGCACAGGGAGCAGAGCAGGAUCCUGCUGCUGCGGAACCGCUGCCCCCUGCCGGUGGCCUGGAGGCUCAGCGGGCUGGAGAGCCUCGGCCAGAGCUUCUCGGUGGCGCAGAGCCAGGGCACGGUCGGGCCCCGCUCGGAGCUGGCCGUGCAGCUGUGCUUCAGGGCCAGCAAGCCUCUGAGCCUGGAGAAGAUGAUCCGCUUGGAGGUUUCAGAUGCAGAAAAUGUCCAGGGGGUGGUUCAGGUGGAGACCAUCCAGGUCCUGGCCGAGGCCUACGAAGUUGCCCUGAACAUCACCCUGCCUGAAGGUGCAGAGGGCUGCCUGGACUUUGGAGUCCUGAACGUGCUGGGCAGUGCCAAGCAAGUGCUGACUCUGAGGAACCAAGGGCAGUGCAAGCUUGCAUACAGGUUCAGUCUGCGUCCCUCAGGCCCCGGCACCCACGACCUGGCCUCCCACUUCACCGUGCAGCCCCGGCAGGGCCUGCUGCCUCUCUCUGAGCGCCCUGUGGCUGUCCAGCUGCUCUUCCACCCUCAGAGGGAGAUCAGCAUCGAGGACAAAGCCGUCCUGCUGUGCCAGGUGCUGGAGCCCAGGCCGCGUGCAGGAGGGGAGCCCAUUGCCAGCAUCCCAGUGAGGCUGUCGGCCAGAGCUGUGCUCAGCCAGUACAGCAUCAGCCCCGCGGCGCUGCUCGACUGCGGGGCCGUGGCCAGCGGCACCAGGAGAGCCUGCAGCUUCCUGCUGCACAACACAGGCCUGCUGCCCUUCCAGUUCCUCAUCUGCAGAGCAGAGCAGGGGCCACCUGAGCCCACAGAGACAGGUGCACACCAAAGGAAGCCCUCCCAGGCCCAGCAUAGGCAGAGCUUGCCUGGGCUGUGCUCUGGGCCAGGGAGUCCUCCCUGCCUGCCCUGGGCCCAGCUGGAGGCCGAGGCCUGGAGCCCUCCUUGCUGGGAGGCUCAGGGGGAGGCUGUUGGCCAUCAGCCUCUGCUGGGUCUCUCUCUGCAGGCUCACCUCAGCCUGGGCAUGUUCACUGUGUCCCCUGCCUUUGGCUGCAUCCUCGCUGGGGAGCAGCAGCUGGUGACAGUGGACUGCGCCGCGGGGCGGCCGGGGCCGUGCCAGGAGCGGCUGCUCAUUGACAUCAGCCACAGGGACCCCAGGGACAACCCUCUGGGCAUCCCCUACACCCUGCUGGCCGAGUCCUGCCUGCCAGCCUUCGUGGUGGAUGACAUCGAGGCCAUCUUUGAGGGGCACCAGAUCAGCAGCAGCAGCAGCCUCUGCCCAGGCCUGCAGAGAGGGCAGGAGCAGCAGGGAGUGUUCCUCACUGACCAGAACAAGUUCCUCUUCCCUGAUGUCCUGGUGGGGCACCGGGCCACGGCGCGCUUCAGCAUCCUCAACAGGAAGAGAGUGCCCUGUGAUGUGCUGCUCUCCAUCAAACCCAGCCCCAGGAAGCUGAAGAGCCGCCAUGGCCAGGUGUUCGAGGUGGAUCCUGCCCAGCUGUGUGUGCCCAGCUGCUCCCAGGCCUUUGCCACUGUCACCUUCAGCCCACAGAAGGUGAAGAGGUACCAGUGCACCUUUGAGGCCUCCCUUGAUGCUCAGAGAAGCCCUGCAGCAGGCAGAGCACAGAGCCUGAGCUUCGAGAUCUGCGGCGAGGGGAAGCUGCCGGAGGUGAGGGUCCUGCGCCCGGCGCGGAGGGACAGGAGAGGGAAGCCCCUGCUGCUCUUCAGGAGGCUGCCCCUGGGGGCCUGGCAGAAGCUGCCCCUGGUCCUGCAGAACUCUGGCCCUGUCCCUGCCCAGGUGCUGCUGGACCUGCUGGAUGAGCAGGGAGCUUUCUUCUUGAAAGCCAGGCCCACCACCAAGUGCCUCUACCAAGCUGUGGGCAUGGAGGCCUCUGCUGGAGAAGGUGAAAGGAAGCUCCACACUGCUGCCCUGCUCCUGCAGUGUGGGCAGGCAGCAGAGUUCGAGGUGCUCUUCAAAGCCAGCCUGCCCCAACGCCUGGAAGGGAAGCUCCAGCUGGCGCUGCUGGACAACCCUGCUGGGGCCACCACCAUCAGGCUGCUGGGGGAGGGCUGCGAGGAGGACUUCAGCCUGGACAUCCCGGGGCUGGUGGCAGACAGGGAGGAGCAGAACCUCCCUGAGAGCAGCCUGGAGGAAGACAGCAUCGAGGCUGCCCCAGAGCACCACAUCCAGUUUGGGGCCUGUGCCCUGGGCACCCCCUGCUCGGUGACCUUCAGCCUCACCAACCGCAGCAGGGAGCAGGCCCUGCGCUUCCAGUGGCUGCCUGAGGCCCCCUUCCACUUCUCCCCCAGGGUGGGACACCUCCAUGCUGGCUGUGCCAAAGAUGUUACAGUCACCUUGCAGUCCCCAGUGGAGGUCACCUUCCAGAGGCACCCUGUGAAGUGCCAGCUCUGCAAGAUCCACUUCCAGCUGCCCCCCGAGGAGGUGCCUGACUGGGACGACCGCCGGGGCACCCUCAAGUGGGUGGAUGCCACCAGGGCCCCAGGUGCCAGCUGGCCUCUCAAGAGGAAGGUGCUGGAGCCAGAGGCAGAGCCAGCUCACACCGUGCUGGAGGGCAGCAGCCGCGAGGUGCAGCUUCUCCUCAGCGCUGCUGUCACCGGCUCUGAGCUCCAGCUGCCCACAGCCGACCUGGGGAAGUCUUCCUCUGCACUGGAUGAACCCAGAACAUCAGACUGCUAA